AUGACUAUGGGUAGCUGUGAACAUCUCCAGGAAUACAAGGCGACCCAUGGAACCAAUUCUUUUCGUAUUAUCCAUACAUAUUUCAUAGCAUGCUCAUCAGCUGAUGCUAGGCGACGGAAGGCCAAAUCCUGUGUCUGUCACACCUGCAGACAGCAUGGACCCCGCCUGCAUGCCUGCCUUCACUGUAUAUACUUUGGAUGUUAUGGUGCUAAGCAUAUCCAUGAACAUGCAGAAACUACAGGUCAUUUCCUUGCUGUUGACAUGAUCCAUGGCGCUGUCUACUGUUUUGAAUGUUGUGACUAUAUGUAUGAUGAACAACUGGAAGAGAUAGCAAGGAAACAGUAUAAGAAAUCAAAAAAGCGCAUAGGUUUAAAGACUAAUUUCUCAUCAUGGGAACCCUCUGAAGUAGAGAUAGAAAUUCUUCGACAGAAUCCAAAGAGAAGAAAAGUAGAAAUGAAGUCUUCUAUAGGUUUACGAGGCUUGAUCAAUUUAGGAAACACCUGCUUCAUGAAUUGUAUUGUACAAGCCUUGACUCACACCCCGGUGCUACGUGACUUCUUUCUGUCAGACCAGCACAGCUGUCAGGUGCUCAGCCAGGAUGCAAGGCAGUGCCUUGUUUGUGAAAUGUCACGUCUGUUUCAGGAGUUUUAUUGUGGAGCUAGAACUCCACACAUCCCGUACAGACUACUUCACUUGGUGUGGACUAAUGCACGACACCUGGCUGGUUAUGAGCAGCAGGAUGCUCAUGAAUUCCUAAUAGCAGCCCUGGAUGUGUUACACAGACAUUGUAAAGGUUAUUCCGAUAAUAUUUUAUUAUCCUACAACAGUCAAUUAAAUGCAGGAACCUCUGACAGUAACGGCAGUGGAAACCCUCACCACUGUAACUGUAUCAUAGACCAGAUUUUCACGGGUGGUCUCCAGUCAGAUGUCACUUGUCAACAGUGCAAUAAUGUUUCUACAACGAUCGAUCCAAUUUGGGAUAUUUCUCUUGAUUUGGGUCCUGGUCCACCACCUGGAGGCAACAAUAACUCCAACUCUUCUCCAAACUCAGGUUUUUCUAAUAGCCCCGGAACAUAUGAACCUACCUCACUUUUAGAAUGUUUAAAAAGGUUUACAAAACCAGAGCACCUGGGCAGUUCAGCCAAGAUAAAAUGCAGUACCUGUGGUAGUUACCAAGAGUCUACCAAACAGCUCACCAUGAAGAAACUGCCUAUAGUAGCAUGCUUUCAUCUCAAAAGAUUUGAGCAUUCAACUGGGUACCACAAAAAGAUCUCAACUUAUGUGUCAUUCCCAGAGGAACUUGACAUGACACCAUUCAUGUCCUCCUCUCGAAGCAACACAAAUGGUUACAAUAAUCAGGUCAUUCAGGAAUCUUCCAGGGGGCUUUCAUGUGAUAACAAGUAUUCAUUGUUUGCUGUUGUAAACCACAUGGGCACAAUAGAGAGUGGUCAUUACACCUGUUUCAUCAGACAGCUGAAGGACCAGUGGUUCAAAUGUGAUGAUCACCUCAUCAACAAGGCAUUGGCCGGUGAUGUUCUCAACAGUGAAGGGUAUCUGCUGUUUUAUCACAAACAAAUACUGGAGUAUGAUUGACCCUGAUGGAAUCUUAGUUCUCAAGCCUGUGUACUGUUGUGUGUGGAUAGACAUCAGAUUUAUGGACACUGCUUCCAUGACCAAUGGAGUUGUAAAUUGUAUUGCCUCAUAUUCAUAGGCCUCAAGUAAAAAUACCACUGCCAUAGACAUACAGACUGCUGUUGCGGUUAGUACAGCCAAUGUACACAUCAACACCUAGGAACUGUAGGUCUAUUAUGAAGAGUUUUGUUGGUAAUUAAAACACACACACUCCUUGUAAAUAGAAGCCAUGUAUGAUGAAACUGGUUGACAACAUUGAUAGCACAUCUUUGGAAAUCACGGCUGCUUGAAGACUCUGGUAUGGUUGGUUAGAAUAUUAUGUAUAAACACUACUGUAGCACACCACAUAUCAAAGACACAUUGAAAGUAUUUAUAUGGUAUU